AUGCAAAAGGACAUCGCCGUCACUUCCCAUCUCUACGAGCAUCAUGUCUCAACCCCCAACCGCCCCCAAGGCGCAGUAAUCAAAGCCGCACGAUAUGCGAAGCCUGAGACCUCGUCCAAAAGAGCCGCCGAGAACUUGACCAGAUUACGGCAGUCAGCCAAAGAUUCAGCGGACCGUCACCCAAGCCCACUGACAGCCGAGCAACUUGACAUCGUCCAAGUCCCCAAAGCCGAUCUCUUCGUUGUCGUAGGUGAGCUGCUCUAUUGUCCGGACAGCAGCAACGGAGCUCCGAAGUCGAACCCACGCACCCUGGACAGCAGCAAUGAUGAACAACAAGAAGAGGACGAGAAGGAGGAGGGUCCGACCGUGUGGGCGUCUCACCUCAUCUGCACCAAAGUCCGCAGUGAGAGGUGCAAUCUGUUUGCUUUGGUCUCGGACGAGGAGGGAGGAGGAAAGUCAUGGACAUUCCUAAGCCUUCCGCAAAGCGGUAAUGAUUGGGUGGCCUAUUACCCAGAGUUCACCGGCUACCCGGACGCGCUACAAGACAGCCAGCAUAAGAGAAGGCGGGCAGUGUGGAAGCAGAGGAUAGCUGCUUUUUGUGCCCUUUUUCUGGCAACUGGCAAUGGGAAAGAUGGAGGAGACAAGACUUCGGCCGCCGUUCGAGGGGCUGAGGAGGAGGUUUCAGUGCCGGAGACGUCGUCGGCGGUAGUUGGUGGGCAGACUACUAGUUCCCACGUCGAGCCCGCUGAGCACGCGAGGGUUUUCCAGUUGACGAGGCGCCUCCUCUACCCGUCUGGCCCAAAUGGCGGCGGGAUUGACGAGUACGGAGUCCAGGAGAUCACGGAAACAUGCCAGACAACAUGGAAGCUUCAGAAGGGACAGCUUACCAAGAAGCAUAUCCGCGAAAUUAGCCGAUGUGUGGGAGAGGGUUUUCUGGCAGACAAACCAGCAUUGCCACCGUUUAAGCACCAAGCCUUCGUCCUCAACUGUUCGAUUUUGGCUAGGAAUGCGGCCAAACGCAAAAUGGCUGUGGUCUGGGACAACAUCGCCGAGGACGCUUACGACAUGGCUUGGAAUACCACGUGCCCUCAUCCGUCCAGUCGAGGAGCCUGGAGCUCGGAAGUAAUUGUCAUCGAUGAUUGA